AAGCCCUCCGAGCAGACCGGAUGGCAUCGGCGGCUUCUUUCUUCAAGUGAACAAGGCCUAGAAGGCCAAACGCACGUUUGUAAAUAGCACCUCGUGACAUGGGCCGGCAAGUCGUAUUGUGUGAUUCGAGGCAGUAUUCUACUGAGGAUUCUAGCUGAACGGCUCGUCUGGUGUACUUGGCCCAGGUAUAUACUUCCUAGCCCUAUAUAAUCUUCUUUCAAAGAAGGUCAGUGCCACAACCCCAGCUUGAAAGGAUGCGUCUUUGGAAAGCUGUCUCGUCUCUUGGGCUGCUCAUUAGUCUGCCUCUAGUGUGGGCAGCUCCUAGUCCUAAUGGCUUAGUUGUUGACACGACCUCUGGAGCAUUCCAAGGUGUUCUAACUACAAAUGGAACGGAACGCUGGCUUGGUAUUCCAUUCGCCCAGCCCCCUGUCGGAAGCCUCAGAUUCAAGGCACCCGUCCCAAUCACUACAGCACCAGCCGGAAUCAAGAAUGCGUCGACAUUCGGAGACGCCUGUCCACAGCGGCCUGCGUCACUUGGCGCUCCCAUGAGCGAAGACUGUCUCUAUCUAAAUGUCUGGAGACCCGACGGGACAUCGUCUGAUGCGAAGCUACCGGUGCUGGCAUGGAUCUACGGAGGGCAGUGGACGUCGGGAGCUGCAUCCAUCCACUCAUACGAUCCAACUCGUAUGAUCAAUCGAGGUGUUUUAAACGGGAAACCCUUCAUGUUUGCAUCCUUCAACUAUCGCGUCAAUACCUUUGGUUUCUUGGCCAGCUCCCACGUUGCUCCUCAAGAUCUUAAUAAUGGGAUACAAGAUCAGACACUAGCUCUAAAGUUCAUCCGAGAGAACAUUGCAAAAUUUGGCGGUGAUCCGAGCAAGGUCACUAUAUGGGGCCAAUCAGCAGGCGCUGGUAGUACUCUAGCUCAUAUGGUCUAUCCAACAAAUCAAUCGCUGUUCCGAGCUGUCAUGGGAGAUUCGCCAACUGGUCCAUUUAAGAGCGCACCAUUUGCAUUCCAAUAUGAUGAGCCAGGAAAGCCAUUUGCGCGCCUAGUUGAGAACCUCGGGUGCCCUCUGAGCUCCGAGUCAGUUGAAUGUCUUCAGAGUGUUCCAUUUGAGACGCUUUUACAAGUGAGCAACGAGAUGAUCUCAUCAACUUUGAACACACAGCUGUGGGAGCCAACCGUAGGACCGCCUGGAGGCAUUGUAGAAGAGAGGGCAUCUGCAAAAAUUAGCUCGGGAAAUUUCUUACAUGUUCCGUAUCUCGCUGGUACUAAUCUCAACGAGGGUAAAACAUUUAGCGAAACUCUCAUCAACAUUACGCAUCCGGGAAUGACAGAGGAUCAGGCUUUCGACAACUUUAUCGGACGGUUAAUCCUGGACAACCGUACCUUGACCCCAGACGUCCUUAAUAGGAUCCAUGAAUUGUAUCCUGCGAAUGAUCCAGAGAAUGAUGCUCCAUUCAACACUGGAGAUUCGCUGUAUGACAGAGGUUCGGCUUGGUACGGUGAUAAUAUGUUCCUUGCACCACGCCGAUUCUUCUUUGACCGAGCGGCGUCCCUGCAACCUCUGUAUGCUUAUCAUUUCAGAGAGUUCAUCCCAGGGAACAACCCAACAUUCGGAGUGUCUCAUGCGUCUGAGCUACCUCUACUCUUUGGCCCAGUUCCAACGCCAAUCGAAGAUGACUUUGCAAACACUAUGUUGGACUACUAUAUUAACUUCAUUUCGGAUAUGAAUCCGGGACCGUCUUGGCCACGCUUUACGUCGAAAGGAAGACAAGUGUUGCAGCUCAUGAGGAAUAACAUCACUGCUAUUAACGAUGACUUCCAUCUGGAAAAGACGGAAUACCUAAAUUCACCCGAGGUGCUUAACGAAUUCGAGAAGUAGGGAAGUCUGAGAAGUCUAAGAAGCUGGACAGAAUCAAAUUAUUGAAUGGACCUGUAUCCCAUACCGAUGUGUAGUGCUAUGUAGCUUUCCGCCGAAGAGUUUGUAUUCAUGUCCAUGAAAAUUGUGUUAUAGACAGGAGAUU